AUGGGUCCCGUGGUGGAGCGGCCGGCCGAGCCGGGGACGAGCGGCGUGGCGGAGCUGGAGCUGCUGAAGCGGCGCGCCGCGGAGCGCAUCGACGAGGCGGCCGGGCGCCUGGGCGCGCUGAGCCGCGCCAUCUGGAGCGCGCCCGAGCUGGCCUACGAGGAGCACGGCGCGCACCGCGAGCUCACGCGCUUCUUCGAGCGCGAGCCGCCGGCCGCCUCGUGGGCGGUGCAGCCGCACCUGGCGCUCCCGACCGCCUUCCGCGCCGAGUGGGCGCCGCCCGGGGCCGCCGCGGCCGGGCCCCGCGCGCUGCGGCUCGCCUUCCUGUGCGAGUACGACGCGCUGCCCGCCCUGGGCCACGCCUGCGGCCACAACCUCAUCGCCGAGGCCGGGGCGGCCGCCGCGCUCGGCCUGCGGGCUGCGCUGGAGAGCGCCGCCGCGCCGCCGCCCGUCACGGUAGUUGUCCUGGGAACCCCUGCAGAAGAAGACGGUGGCGGCAAAGUUGAUUUAAUUGAGGCAGGUGCCUUUAAAAACCUUGAUGUUGUUUUUAUGGCCCAUCCGUCUCAAGAGGAUGCUGCCUACCUACCAGACAUGGCGGAGCACGAUGUGACGGUGAAGUACUAUGGAAAGGCGUCUCACGCGGCUGCGCACCCUUGGGAGGGAGUGAAUGCCUUGGACGCUGCAGUCCUCGCCUAUAACAACCUCUCUGCAUUAAGACAGCAGAUGAAGCCGUCCUGGAGAGCGCACGGUAUAAUAAAAAAUGGUGGUGUAAAACCCAAUAUCAUCCCCUCUUACUCGGAAUUAAUCUAUUAUUUCCGUGCACCCUCAAUGAAAGAGCUUCAAGUUCUGACGAAAAAGGCGGAAGAUUCCUUCAGAGCUGCAGCUUUGGCUACAGGCUGCACAGUAGAAAUUAAAAGUGAAGCACACGAUUAUUACAAUGUUAUUCCCAAUAAGACGCUGUGCAGUGCAUAUAUGGAAAAUGGAAAGAAGCUGGGGAUAGAAUUCAUUUCAGAAGACGCAGUGUUGAACAGCCCUUCAGGCUCUACUGAUUUUGGAAAUGUCAGUUUUGUAGUUCCUGGGAUUCAUCCGUAUUUUUACAUUGGGACGGAUGCCCUGAAUCACACGGAACAAUACACAGAAGCUGCAGGAUCACAAGAAGCUCAGCUGUACACUUUGCGGACUGCCAAGGCUCUGGCAAUGACUGCCCUGGACGUCAUCUUUAAGCCCGACUUGCUGGAAGCAGUCAGAGAGGAGUUUAAGUUGAAACUUGGAGAAGAACAGCUUUUAAAUACAAAAACAUAGAGGAAUGACUUAGGGACUUCUCAGGAAACAUUGUUUUGUUUGCUUUUUUUUUUUUUUUUUUUCAGUGAAAGAGAGCAUGGGUAUUUUUCAGUGUUGGUAAGUGAGGACAGGAUCUGGCAAAAACACUAAUUCAUGUUUAGACUUAAUGGAGUUUGUGAUAGUUGAGGCAUUCUUAUGCAAUGCCAUCUUUUAAGUUGGAUGACUCAUGAUACUGUAGCAUGGUAAUGGUUUGUAAAUGUAUCUGUUGUAUACUGUUACAAGUCCCACAGGUUUCAGAACUUAGCACUCAGGCACUCUGUGGCUCAGUAGUGAAUGUCUUCUUAGCAGUUUACUGUAGGGGAGUUUAAGUCCGGCUGUAUCUCUUUUAGUCUAGAGAAAAACUUAAGAUAAACAUGUACUUGUGGGGUGGAUCUAGACUCUCCAGUUCAACAAACUAGCUUUACUUUUAACAUUUUAAAACCAGAGAAUGAUCCUUAUUUGUAAUUACUCCAAGAAUUUGACAUAGGAGCAGUGGACAUAACAGUAGGAUAGGGUGUUGUGAGGUAGCCCAGGGUUUUGCUGGAGAGGCAGAGGAGUGCUGCUGGCUGGGUGCGUUCUGUUCUGCCCUGGCUCACUACCCAGCAGCAGCAACCCCUCAGAAGCCUCCCUGAGCCCCAGGCCGGCCCAGUAGUAAUGGGAGCCUGUGGCCCUGGAAAGGAAGCUCUGCAGCCCCAUGCUGGGACUUGGUUAGGCUCCCUGCCGCCAGUUCUCUGGACAUCAGCUCACCCUCUGCCUUUCUGUCAUCAGAGCAUUUGUGGAACUACAAAAAAGAGUUCUUGUUAUGAGAAAGCCAGGAUUGCAGCCGGAAAUCUGAAACAUGUCAGUGGUUGUCAGUAAAAAUCACUGACACAGUAACUCUAGAAACAAGAGGCGGAGAGAGGAAAAUCAACAAUCUUUCAUGAUUCCUACUUUAGCGUGGAUUUCCUUUUUUGGGCGGGGCGAGUUUAAGACAAGUUUUCCCUUGUGCUCCUGACCUCUCCCCCCUCCUCUAGUGUAGUCCUGCUGCUGCCUCUCCAAUGCCACCGCACACCUGCCAUUUAGUGUGAACUUGUUGCAGUGAUUGAAGAGUGAAAAGCUGGUAAAAACAAACCCCUAGGCAUUUGAGGAGGGGUUCCAGAAACGGAAGUGGAAGCAGACAGUGAAGUGCUCUCUGUGGUGGGAGCCAGUCACCCCGAGUGACAGCCAACUACCUGCGACCCUUCCAGCACCUCAUUCCUGUUUGGUGUGUAGUUUGGAACUCUGAGGGGCCGCGUUGGAGGGUCAUUACCUGAGGCCUGCUCUCUGUUGUACCCUGACUCCAUACAGCUGGUGUUUGCUGGCUUUCUUGCAUUUGUGCAGCCAGUACACUAAGAACAGUUCUCACAUUUUUAGAGGUUAAAACAACAGCAACAAAACCAAACAAACAACCAAAAACACCACCACCACAAAAGCAUAAGUAUUUACUGUCUGACCCUUCACAAGAAAUGCUUCCAGGCCCAGUCUGUCGGGUGGUUUCCAUUCUCUCUGCUUUUCUGGAGAAAGCUUCAGGUGGGGACUCCCGGACAGUGAUCUGGACUGUUCCCGACAGGGUGUCCUUCGAAACAAGCCUGGUUGUGCUCCCUCACCGUGCCCCACACGUCCUCAGCCUUUCCGCUGUGCACCCACCCUUUCUGUCUUCAUGGCACCCUGUGACUGGAUGUUCACAACCGACUUCAUCUUCCUUAGUAUGCAUUUUCCAUAAAGAGGUAGUCUCAAUGAAAGCUUCAGUCAAAAAUGAGACAUGUCAGAGAUGUGCUGUAUAUUAAUGGAAUUAGUCUCCUAAACAAGUUCUGAGUGUUUCUCACAUCCUCAAGAACAGGUUGUUGGCUGGUUUGUUUGGUUUUGGUUCUUGCAGGGCUGGAUAUUAAAACCAGGGCUCUCGCACUGAGCUGCAUCCCCAGCCGGGGACAGGGCACUGUUUUCAUUUGCUAAACGCUUGGCAACAUUCUAGAACAGCUGUCGUUACUGAUAUAGCCCAUGCUCUGCAGGUCGUCACAGCUGUGUCCUGUGUUUGGUUUACUUUUUCUAAAGUAAAAUUCAAUAUUACUCAUGUAUAAACAAUGUGUAAACAUGUUUAACAUGUAAAAGCAAUGUCACCUCUACGUAAGAAAGGGAAGGCUCUGUUUUUCCUUUCUGUUGUUUCUUGGUGGAGGUUGCUGUUGUUUUACAUGGGGCCUUGCUUGCUGUUCUGCGCAGACUGGCCUCAGACUGUCCAGCUUAUCUGAGUGCUGGAUGGCGGGGAUGUGUCACCGUGCCCAGCUUUAUCUCUUUGUUCUCAAGAGAUGAAUGCCUGUUUUUACAAAGUUGAUGUGACUUAAAUGUGGAGUGCUGUAUGUUGAUUUUGAAGGAUGCAACCAUAUUUUCUCCCAGUGUCAAUUUGAUGAGACUUUUAUCGUUUACCAAUUCUGUAAUUAAAUGUGUUUUUGCACUAGAUUCUGUAUUUGAAGUUAGUGUCUGUGUGGAGUGUUUCAAACUUUUCCCCUCCAGCAUAGUUGCCAGCUUUUGAAUACUUCCUGCCUGCUUGGAAUCACGAAAGAUCAGACAGCUUUCUCGUGGCUCACGAUCACAAGGUAAGUUUUCAUCUUGUGGCGUGAGCUUCCUUGUGACGCCUAGAGUAGAAAAGGGAAGUUAGUGUCACUUUUCUCCAACACACAAAACUGGACCCAUUUCCUCAAAAGCUUAGGCUGCUUCAUAUAGAGGUGAAAUUAUAAGACUUUAAAAUCUUGGCUUAGUUUCUGACAGUUGUCUGUUAGUGGACCUGAUGAGUUUUUGUUGUGUUUUUAUCUUCCAGUGAUUUACAGCCUUGCAUCGCUUACAGCGUGUACUGAAAGCCUUGGCCUCAGCUACCAGCUAGGGACUGUAUUAAAUCAAUAGACUGUCAAGGAGGAGGCUGCACUGAUGCGUUAAAUGUACUUACAAUCUGAAAGUGUAUUCUCUCUGCCAGCCUAACCUUAAGGAAGCUUGAAUAUAGGACCUGUAUGUGUGUGUUGUAUGGAGAGAAAGAGAGAAUGUGCUUGGGGAUGGAACCCAAAUAGAACUAUGAAAUUCCUUUGUUACACAUGUGCCUGCCGUAUGCACAGGGCUGGAAGGAAAUUCUGCUCAGUGUUUUAGUGAGUCUGAGAUUUGACUGACCUGCCCAGAGGAGGCCAGUUGUGCAGUUUUCUGCUUAGGUCAUGCCACUCAAAAAGGUUUGGAGCAUUUUGGGUUUGAGGUUACGUAUGUUCAACCUGUACUGUUUACUAGUAAGUUGCUGUGUAUUUUAUGAGGAUAGCUAAUGUUUAGUUUGCCUUAAAAUAUUUGAGCUGAUUUUUAGUCUUAACAAAUUUUCCAAUCUGGGGUAAAGUAGACGUUGCACGUUGUUAUGAGGAUGUGUACACAUAAAGAAAGGUGUCCCACACUUUCCCAAGGUGUUGAGUGGUACAGUUUCGUUGUUUUUGCUGUGGUUGUUGUUUUUAAACUAUUGUAGUCUCAGCAUUUGAGUGGGUAAGUUUUGUACUGGGGAAAAGUAAAGACCAAGUCAUACACAGAAAUCCCUUCUGGUUGGUGGUACCUUCUCCCAAGGAUAGUUCAUAUGAACCACACUGUGUGUGUGUGUGGGGGGGGGGAUGUCCAAAAACCGUCUUGGCAAUUUAAAAUAUUUUAAAAUAAUGUGAGUCACUUCGAUCUGUUUAAACAGAAGAAAUUUGAUAUGAGGUCCUUUUUUAAAGAAUGUUUGUCUCAGUUUAUAACAUUUUUUUAAAGAAAUAAACCCUUUGUGAUGGUUUUGUACUUUGUGAUAUGUAACUUUUUGCCUGAAGCAAUCUUCUGGAAUGCGCCCCACACCAUCAGGGUGGAUUCUGCCGAUGACUGUAAUCUCUGUAGCAGUCAGCACUCUCUGGUCAUCUAUAAGGCAGGGUGAGCUACUGUGCUUACUUAUUCAGGCCUUUUGUGCUCUAUGGCAUAGCUUAGAAUGGUGUGUUUGGGUAUGUAAGAGGUUAGUAUUUUCAAAUAAGCAAUCUCUGCUUAUCAUGAUUAUAAUAAUUUUGUAGCAUUUUUAAAGAUGCAUAUUGAAGUUUAUAGAAAAAUUUAAAUGUGUAUUUAUGUAAUAGCAGUUAUUUUAAUGACAUAUAUCAAAAUAAAGAUUUCGUA